CAUCGUUGCCCUCACUGCAAUGCUCUUCUCCUGUCGACUGAGUCAAACUCAUUUUGCUGUGGCAAUGGAGCACGCAUAUUGCCUGCUUUACACCCACUCCCUCCACGCAUGCGCAGUUUGUUUGAUGAACCCAUACGCCUUCGACAUGUCAUCGAGUUUUGUCGCGUCAUCAACAAUUUUUUCUCCUUUGCUGGCAUCGGCGUCAGUGGUGGUUUUCAGCAGUUCAAUUCGGGAGGUAGCGCGGGUCCUCCAGCUGUUGCUAUUACAGGCUGUACUUAUCAC